UUAUUUUGACAUUUUUUUAGAAAAUAGAUAAAUUGAUUUCAGGCAAAUAAUGAUGAAUCAAAAAAAUAUUUUAUAUGUGUGUGCUCUCUUCUGCGUCGGAUUUAUAAUUUUCUACCAACUUCUAUAUAGAUUUGAUAACAGCCGUAGUUACAAAAAUAUUGGCACAAAUGCAUCGAUUGGAUAUACACAAUCCAUUGGGACGUGGAUGUCGACUUCGGCUCAAAACGGGACCACAAAUCUUUUACACGACAGAGCGUUAUUGAAACAGAGGCCCAAAAUUCUUAUAUGGGCAAAACCGUAUCAUAAGAUCGAGUGGCGCUUGACCGAUUUACCUGAACAAGAAGGAGGUUGCGAUGUCACGCUUGACCGCAAUGAAUACGAGAGUAGUGACGCGGUGUUGUUUUAUAUGAAGUCGUGCGUCGCCAAGGACUUACCAGAUCCCAGCAAAAGAUCAUCUCAUCAAGUUUUUGCAUGGUGGGCUCAUGAAUCACCGUGGACUGUUCUACAUUAUUAUCACCACGAACUGAAAGAUUUCAACAACUAUUUUAAUUGGACAAUGACAUACCGACGUGAUUCAGAUGUUCUUGCCUCGUUUGCACCUACUCCAAGUUUAGACUACUUGUUGUAUAAGUUUGACAGACAAAAUGAAAUGAAGGAUGCCGAACUCGUCAAAUAUCCAACGAUGUCGGAAGAUAGAUUUCGUAAAGAGAUCGGGUUAUUGAUGGCAAAGAAAUCGAAACUUAUUGCGUGGGUUGUAAGCGAUUGUAGCGUUGUUGCUGGAGCCUCAAAAAGAAUGAAAUUAGUUGACGACAUGACUAAAGACGGUCUACUGGAAGUUGAGCGAUUUGGGAAAUGCGCCAACCGCCCAAUUCCAAAUGAUUUCAACGUAUUUUUAGAAACUAUUGCGCCAUUCAAGUUUUACUUGUCGUUUGAAAAUUCACUUCAUUGCAGAGACUAUAUAACCGAAAAAACGUUUUACAACGCUUUGGUUGGCGGAAUUAUCCCUGUAAUUCAUGGCCCUACAAAGGAAGAUGCAAUAAAAAUAUUGCCAAAACGAUCUUUUAUCCAUUUGGAAGAUUUUGAAAAUCUAAAUAAAUUGGCCGAAUAUUUGAAAUAUCUAGAUUCUAAUGACACGGCGUAUCUAGAAUAUUUUGAUUGGUGGAAAGAACCAGGAACUCACGUCAUACCUAGAUAUGGUUUCAAUUUUGGACCACAACAUGAUUACAGCAAUUAUUCAAAUUGGUUUCAUAUUUGGAAAACGGACGAUGUAAUGCAGAAGGAUAUGAUGGAAUUCGAACGAUUUGGUCUUUAUCAUCUAUGCAGGAAAUUGCGUAACAAGGAACACAUAACGAAACCGAAAGUAAUAGCAGAUCUUAACCAGUGGUGGUAUGGAACUGAAUCAGAAGAAUGUAUGCGGUAGAUUGAAAUGGAUUCACAUGUACGAAAAUGUGGUUUACUAGUGCUUCAACACGGAGUCGUGCGUCAACGAUGCAGUGCACAAUUUGCAAUCGUUGCACUGCUGCUGUAUGCCAAUAUGGAACAUACAAAAAUGCAAACUUCAUUUUGAAUCCUCGUCAUUCUGAAACUUUAUAUCAUAGUUAAUGACAUUUUCAUGCAAAUUUGAUUUUAAUCUAAAAAAAAUCUGUUUUGUCAACCGACCUAGAAAUAUGUAAAUCGAAAUAAAUUUAAUAAAAAAUUCAAGUUUCCUACAUAAUUGAAUAAAUCUGACGUGAAAAUUUGAUAAUAAAAAAAAAAUUAUUUUGUGCAAUUGCCACUGUUGUUUGAACUGAAUUAUUUUAUUUCAAAAAUGUUUGAAUUUUUUUUGUUUAUAUUUUUUUUAUCAACUUCUAUUAGAAUACUGUCGAUGCUUUAUGCACUUAACAAUAAAUAAGUUGUUAACAAAUGUUGUGCAGAGAACUUCUAGAGCGUGAGCUGCAUGUGACAUAUAUAAUUUGAAUAAUCCAGGAUGCAAGAUGACUCCAUGUAUCCUAUUCAUGUUUUCGUGCCGUAUGAAGAGAUGAGUCUAUUUUUACGACUAUUCUGUAGGGGUGUACAAAAAUGAAGCGUCAUGACCUAUUUUUUGCACACUGCAUUCAAUUGCCCUUACUUCGAGGAUAAUAUCACCGUAGAUUUAACAACUGAAUUCGAACGCUUCGUGUAAAAACUUCCAAACUGUAGAGAUGAGUAGAUUUUUGCAUCAAUUUUUUUUUAAUUAUGUGGAAGUGAAAAAUA